AUGAAAAAGGAGAAGGGCGGGGCGGCCGGGAACUUGUUCCCUUUUACAAGUUGAUUAGAUUUUUGAGAUGGAAUUUUCGAAAGAAAUAAUAGGAAAAAAUCAGUUUCAGACACCGCCCAACUGCCGUGCUGCCGUGAUCGUUUCGGGGAACAAGCGUGCCAAUCUCUGCGGAAAGCACAGCCGGCGCUGUUCGAAAAGAGGCGAGUAUCAUCACCUGUCAAAAAGACGAUAAAAUUGAGCGCGAGCGGGAGAGCCAGUCGUUCUCCCGUUCUAAUUCUUCUCUGCGGAUCUCUGCUCAAGUGCGCGCCGCAACUGUUUGUCCUUAUCCUUCCUCUCGCGUCGCUUUUAUGUGUGGGCGCGAAUCCUCUCUCUCUCUCUAAAGUUCUCUUUUCAGAUGCCUCAGUGACCACGACUUCAGCGCCAUCGACUGCUGUGGAGAGUGUAGGAAGUACAUCGAACGAAGUAUUCAUUCAUUUUGAUGCAACCAAUUCACAAAACGUUUCAAAAUUGCAGACAAGAUCAGCUCGGAGAACUCUCGAUCCCUUCAGAAGGCUCCUACAGUGUGCAGAGAUAAGCAUUCGAUCAGCUUCUGCCGGAGAUUCAAGGCUUCCGGAAUGGGCAAGUACAGCUGUUCGGACCCGGAGUUCGCAGUCAGAGUGUGCCGUCACUCGUGCGGUUACUGUAACGACGAGUUGUAUUCGAUGAAGAACGCUCCGGCGCUGUGCUCCGACACCAACAAGGCCAUUCCGAUCGUGAACGGAACACAUCUGUACUGGGCGUUUGGCAGGGAUCACGACAAGAAAAUUAGUGCUUGAAUACCUCAUUUUUAUUGUUAUUUUCUCACCCUAGUCAAGGGGCAUACAUCCAAGUACGAUGGAUGGAAUGAAGAUUUCUAUAGAGAUACUCAAACUUCAAUUCGAUCAAUCACUUUAGCAGGAGACGCCGGGAGCCUGGCACAAAAAAACAGCGGCCACAUGUUCGCACAUUUUGAAUUUAGAAUGAAAGGUCAGCAACUUUUUGACACUGACAAGACGGAUGAGGGCAGCAGAACACAAAACGAUGCAGAGAAGUAGAGACGCACAUUCCUGAAGUGUACGAUUCGGACGCACUCGCAAUUUGAGACGACGUUUCUGUUUCUGAAGCCGUUUCCGAGUGUUUGCAUAUUGAAAAGUGAGCCAAAGGCUUUUUUGAAUAUCUUGGAGCGCCCUUGCUGAACCUUGCUGGUUGAUGGAGCAUCUGGCAAAAGGUUGGAUCUUCAUCUACAAUACGAACACUCUCCAGACAUACUUCCAGCUCUUUCCCGACCGCCAAAAAAUGUUGGCGGCGGAUUCGCUCGCGAGGUGCCCCCCAACUCAUCUAUCUCUAUCAGUUGACAUCUUGUGCCAAAUAGCUCGGCUGCUCUCCUGCCGGGGAGGGAGCAGGCCCCUUGUCUGUCUUCUCGGCCCCUCCGCUCCCGCCCGCCUCCCUUCGCCUCCCCAUCCCACCUGCAAUGUCCUGGGACGAAGCGAUGAGGACACUCUUUUCCACUCUUUUAACCUUUCUCACCUUUCACAUGCUUUUUCGUCUGAGCACACGUCUCCGUCGGGUCUAAUCAAGAAUUUCGGUGAGUAAUCGAAACAAGCCGAAACCUACGACUCAUAACUCUGGAAUUACCCAAUAAAAGCGACGGAAUGAAAUCUGUUUUGUGUAGUGUCGGACUUCUUUUUGCUGCUCCACUCCUAUCCGUCACUUCUCGCUCCCUCCCGCCCUCCCAAUGAAUCAUUCUCUCGGCUCCACCCUUUCCGGCGCCUACCGAACAUCAUUUUGCAGAUCAGACAAGAGCGUCAUGCUCCAUCUACUCUCACUCUUACUCUUUGGUUGUACUGCGGUCAGUUCGCAGCAACUGCUCUCCAAUCCGAGAUGCAAUCAUUGGCCGGAUCGUGGCACGUGCGAACAGGAAUUCCACGUCAAAUGGUACUAUGAUCGGUACGAUCAUCGGUGUCGUCGCUUCUUUUACGGAGGAUGCGAGGGAAAUGAGAACCGUUUCGACACUCUUGAAGGUAUUCAUUCGAUUCUCAACAGGCCUCGGACAAUGUCCAUUCAGAAUGCUCGUCACAGUGUCAUUAUCAAGAGCCCACGAACCGAGAUCGUUGUUUCCAACCACACGAUCCAGGACACUGCAAUGCGGACAUCGAACGGUGGUUCUUCGAUCAGGACAAGAAGCAGUGCGUGUGCUCGUGGUGGUCUGGGUGCGGCGGCAACUCGAACAUCUACUAUUCGUACAAUCACUGCAUGCUCAUCUGCGGAGACUACGCCGAACAUGGACCGGGAAUCGAUGAAAAGUACUGGGGACGACAAAUGGUCAGUCUUGGAGUAACUAGAAUGAAUCAUUGUUUCCUUGCUUCAGAACCGUUCUAUGUCCGUCGAGUCUGUGAACGUUUUCAACAAUCCCACUGGGAACUACAACCGAUUCUCGGAAGAGCCUUAUCCGGUCCAAGUUCCCAUGGACAACUCGUACUUUUUCAAUCAUCCGAAACCGUUGGGUCGAGCUGAAGACUGGAACAGCCGGCUCGUGACCAUUAACAUCAGCCACAGCGACGAUGGACCGGUGAGCACUAAUUUCUUCUUAUUUACCCAUCCGAGCCUAAUUGCCAUUUGCAGAGCUAUUUCCAUGCGGCUCCGGUGGCCACCGUGCCGCUCUUCAGCCGAGCCGAUGGACUGACUAUCCAUCGUUUCGAUUCUGAGCCUAGACAACUUCAGGAGAUUGAUCAAAACUGGCAGAUUCAGGAACAAACACCAGUCAAUCAGAAUGGGUAUCAGAAGAGACGGUUCAAGGUUCAGAAGAAGAAGAUUCCUCCGAGAAUGAUCCACUUAGGCGCGAGACCGAGUCAAACGAAUUCGUAUCGCAUUCAAUUGGACGGGGAUACUUCGGAGACGAACCGACCGGUCACUUAUCAAGUUGUCAGGGAGCAGGGUUUGCGCUUUUUUCGCUUUUAGGUAUUCAUGGAUCGGAUUGCAGAUGCACAUGUUCAACAGCAUCAUCAGAUAUCGCAGGCGCUGCAGAACGAGGCAGAGGAGACGCAGAGACGGAUCCAAGAGACAAUGCGACGCAAUUACUAUGAGCAGGCAAGAUAUCAAAGGCCACCAGUUCAGAUGGCACUCAAUCCGCCCACGCAGGCCCCCGCAGCCCGCGAGAACUACCAUCCGGAGCUGGUGAAUCAGUUCAGAUCGCAUCUAGAUGAGCACGAGAAGGCGCUGCGGAAGAAGCUGGAGGCUCAGUUCCCGGACCACGUCAUCACUCUGAUCCCUCACAUCGAAACGAUCAGACAUCCGGAUGGAAGGAACGUCGUCAGGCAGAGAAUCCAGUGGACCGCCCAUCCGAAAGGAGCCGUGAUCCCUGCUCCGGUUCCCGUCGUUCCAAUCGUUCCUGAUGUUCAAUUGGCUCCGAUCACUCCAGAAUCAUACGGAACAGAGGCUCCAGUUGAACCAGAAGAGCCGACGUCCACAACAAUGUCUCCGCAUGAAAUUGCAAGAUUGAAGCAUGAGGAAAUGCAGAAAAAAUAUGAAGAGGAAUUGAAAAAACGACAAGACGAGCUGAAGAAACAACAGGAAGAGCAUCGGAAGAAGAUGCAAGAGAUGAAGUUGCAGCAGCAAAGAGAACGGGAGAAGAUGAUGGCAGAGAGGGAGAAGAUGGAGAACGACAGACGGAUUCAGUACGAGAACGAGAAGAGGCAGAGGGAUCAGGAGUACAAGGCCCGGUUCCGAAUGACCAGCACCCCGACGCCGACCACCACCAUCGAGACGACAACGGAAGAGAUACCGUACCCAACAGUUCCGAUAAGAGACAUCGUUCAUGAGGCAGACGUGAGACGCCCCGUUCCCACUUCGAAAUCGAUUGCCGAGCCAGUGGAGCACUUCCGACCGAUCAUCGAGAAUGUCACUCCGGCCCCGUUGAGUUUGGAGGACAUCAUAGCAAUGGAUAAUCAGAGAUCAGACUACGAAGAUGAGUACGACGUUCCGAUGGACUUCCCAGACACCGAAGCGCCGCCACUGACGACGAGAGUUCCGGAAAGACCUCCGCCAGUUGCCAAACCGGCGACUCCUCGUCCGAAAGCGCCAUUUGCCGGAGGAAUGUCCCCGAUUGUGCUGCCUCCGAACAGCGGAAGUAAGUCACUUUGAUUCUUCCGUAAACAGAGUCUGUUUUCAGAGAAAUCCCGCCUGUUCUCGCCCAUUUCCAGUGAAGAGUACACCCAGGACAUUGACUUCGAUCCGUACGUCGACUUUACCAUGUGA